AUGUCCUCCACCUCAUCCCCCGCCCAGUCCCCCUCCCCCCAGCUCCACCUGUACAGCUACUUCCGCUCCUCCUGCGCUGGCCGCCUCCGUAUAGCCCUCAACCUAAAACAGCUCCACCACACCACAACCUUCGUAAACCUGCUCAAGGGCGAGCAGCUCUCCGACGCCCACCGCUCCCUCAACCCUUCAGCAACUGUGCCCGUCCUCGCCGUCACUGCGAAGGAGGAUACCAAUACCCACUCCCCUGAUCCUCCCACAAGCGCCGAGACAUCCUUCCCAAUCACCCAAUCCAUCGCCGCGCUCGAAUACCUCGAGGACAUCGCUACGCAACCCGCCCUGCUGCCCCCAGUGUCGGCGCCUCAGCUCCGCGCCCGUGUCCGCACGCUCGUCAACAUCAUAGCCUGCGACAUCCAGCCCGUGACGAACCUGCGCAUUCAGAAGAAGGUAAAGGCCUUCGGGGGCGAUAAUACCGCCUGGGCUUGCGAGCUGAACAUCGAUGGAUUCACGGCGCUGGAGAAGCUGGUGAGCCAGUGGGCUGGCACGUACUGUGUUGGUGAUGCCGUGACGCUGGCAGAUGUAUGUCUGGUCCCGGCGGUGUGGGCCGCGCAGAGGGUUGACGUGGACUUCUCGCCGUAUCCGACGGUGAAGGCUGUAUUUGAAAGGCUGGAGGGGCUGGAGGCGGUUCAGAAGGCGCAUUGGAGUCGGCAGCCUGAUACCCCAGAGGAGUUGAGGGGGUAG